CUAGCCAUGUUUAGCCAUGUUUAGCCAUGUUUCCCAAAGGACUACAAUCUAUCUGUGGUGCCUGGCUUUUAGGCGAGUUCAUCAUCUAAUUGAAUGAAUGGGAGCAAUUAAACAUGGAAAGCUCAAACGCUAUCCCUUCUUUGAGUUUUAUUACGUCACGCCCAAGGCUGAUGUGAGGCCAUGUCUACAUGGAUCUUCAUAAAAUAUGGAUUUAUCACCUCUGGUCCACAUCCAAUGUAGGUUAUUGUCCGUACAAACUCAGAGUUUGGAAUACGUGGAAGUAAGUUUUCCAAACUCUGUCUUGCUGUUUGUGUGGUAGUGACUUCUUUUUGUGGGAAUACUAUGGAAUACUAUGGAAUACUAUGGAAUACUAUGGUGUGGAAUGUGGAGUGCUGUAGAGGAGAAAAGAUUUGAAGCAGGUUGUAUUGAACCAAAUCUAGAAUGAGCAGUUUGGGCCGGAAGGCUUGCAUGGCUACGGUAUCAUCAGGGCAUGACCUGGUACCUGGUGGUACAUCUGGUGGUACAUCACGUGUGGUUCUGUGCCGACAGCGUUGGAAAGACCUCCCUGAUGAACCAGUACGUGAACAAGAAGUUCAGUAACCAGUACAAAGCUACAAUAGGUGCAGACUUCCUGACUAAGGAGGUGAUGGUGGACGACAGGCUUGUUACCAUGCAGAUCUGGGACACGGCGGGCCAGGAGCGGUUCCAGUCCCUGGGUGUGGCCUUCUACCGCGGAGCAGACUGCUGUGUGCUGGUGUUUGACGUGACCGCGCCCAACACCUUCAAGACGCUGGACAGCUGGAGGGACGAGUUCCUCAUCCAGGCCAGCCCUCGAGACCCGGAGAACUUCCCCUUUGUGGUGCUCGGCAACAAGAUCGACCUGGAGAACAGACAGGUGACCACCAAAAGGGCUCAGGCUUGGUGUCAGAGUAAGAACAACAUUCCCUACUUUGAGACCAGCGCCAAGGAAGCCAUAAACGUGGAGCAGGCAUUCCAGACUAUUGCACGCAACGCCCUCAAACAGGAGACGGAGGUGGAGCUCUACAACGAAUUCCCGGAGCCCAUCAAACUGGAUAGGAACGACAGAGCCAAGCCUUCGGCGGAGAGCUGCAGCUGCUGAGGGACAAUUGGGACCAUCUCUCUCCCUCUCUCUCUCUCUCUCCCUCUCUCUCUCUCUCUCGCUCUCUCUCUCGUCCCUCGGCCCAUCCGUCACCUGCACCUCGCUCCCAGGGAACCCCCCUUCCCUGCCAGUCUUCCUGCUUCAUUUCACCCAUCAUGCAACACUCCCCCUCACUACUCUGGUAAGAAAAAGAAAAGAAAGAGUGACGACACCAGAGUCCAAACAUCACACGAGGAGAUCAGCGCCCCCGCUCUGAUCCCUCAGCAGUGAGACCUCCACUUGUUGGACCCCAAUUGGGAACUCUUAACUGGGGGGUUGGUGCUUUGUAACGUCAGCCUAUUAGCUCUUUCUCUUCCGUCAUCACGCAUAUAAAAAAGUAUACAUAUAUAUAGAAAUGACAGAUAUAUUUUCAUUGGCAAGCCAAUCUAAAACCUUUUUGUUUUUGCACUUUGUCAUGUGUUUGCCUUUCUAAGUUGUAAACGUAGAGGGAUGACAUCUGUAUACGCUAUAUAUAUCCAAGGAUAUCCCAGAAAAACAAUCCGUCUCCUCACUUCCACAUGGAUCGUACGAGCACCCGCACUCCAGGCCUUCAACUGCCUGAUGCUCCAUCUUCCAACGUCACGUCUUCAUCGCUUCUCUCACUGUCUGCUUGUAGCUCAGGUUGGCUAAAGUGGUUCUGAUUUUUAACGGCUUGUGUAUUACGGUGUUUAGAUGGUCCACAAACACAACAACAAACACAACAACAAACACGGGUUGAUGGCUCGAAUGGAAAUGGAUGUUAUCUCUUUCCAUUCCGACAAAUAUUCCCUGAUAUUAUUCAAAAGCCAGAAUCACUGCAACGCCAAUAAUGUUGUCAAUGGAAAUUUGAACAGCUAAUAAUAAAACUCUUCAAUUGA